AAUCCACUGGUUGAAUCUGUAACAAUUAGCUGCGUUCUAAACCCUUACAGAGAGCAGACAUGCAGGAAGUAAUGCGAUGCAAAACCAGGGCCAAGCAGCACAAGCGAACUGACUAGCUGCCUAUCGCCCCAAAUGUGGAAGUACAUAUGUCACACAUACAGCUGGCUCAGUCCUCACAGGACAAAUAUGAAUCAAUUUGAUUUCCAGUUUUAUUUGGGACUUUGUCUAGGCUAUUCCAAGACAAGAACACCAAUCCUGUGUAAUCAGCUCUGGCUCUAUGUUUGGGUUUGGUGAUCUAUCCAACUCUGUGGCGGACAGUUUCCUUGCACGAUUGCCCUGGUCAUCUUCCCAUCAACCCAGAGCAGCUUCCCUGUCUCUGAUACAGAAAAGCAUCCCCACAGUUCCAUAAUGCCACCACCAAAUUUUGGAAGGCACUACAACCCGAGUCAUGGCACUUACAAAGAAAACAGUGUUUUAGGAAGUUAGAAAGCUGCAAUUUAUCUAAGCUGCAUAGCAGCACGAGGCUUUUAAGUGUCUGUAUGCAGCUGUUCUUCUUCAAGAAUUGUAUUUUAAUUUUAAGAGUUCACCUUCGGGAAACUAGACUUGCUCUGAAAUACGUUCACUUCCUUUAAUAACUUGUUGGUGACGUUUAAACGGACACAGACAUGUGAAGGGGAAGUGUAAAGAUCACACUCCCACAACCACCGCACCUUCAUAGGAAUGACAUGUAUUAUGUAAUUCCAAAUGUCUGCUCUGAGUGUUGAUUUGUUUACUGGUUGCUGAGGUGGGGCUAAGCACAGGUUUCAAGGAACGGAAAAAGAAAAAGAAAAAAGAAAAUGCAGGGAGUGUAAUCUCCAGCUGUGAUUGUGUGGAGCUCUUUGCCAUAGACGUUGUCUCUGUAAGUUUACUUCUGCUUUUCUUAUUUCUUAUAUGUGCUUAGUCAUUGUGAAAGUAACAAGUUUUGUGUGUCGUAUGUGAUAUAGGUUAAGAUAUAUGAGUUUGUUUCUAAAUAGGAACAUAAUGAAAGUACAACAUACGAAGUCAAUAGAAGGUAUGUUUUAGGGAAGGAAACAUUUUCUUAUCGUAUCCUUAGUUAGCUCUGAAUUUGCCUCAAUUUUCAAUAAAGCUACCAAUCGGUCAGGCAGUAUUUUAUUUAUCCCUGCUCCUCAAGGUAAGCUGUACUGCAUGUUUUAGGGAUGUUUCACCACAGGUGGGGACUCGAGUCACAUGACUUGGACUCUUUUUUUAUUUUAUUUUUAAAAAAUUUUUGAGUCAGACUCGAGUCGUUAAAAUCACGACUUGAGACUUGACUUGAAAAAAUGCUCAAAGACUCGGACUUGACUUUCAUGCCAUUGACUUGGUACUUGACUCGACUUGAAGCUGUUUACUUGAAAAGACUUGAUAUUUUUUACUCAAAGUCUUAAAAUUUAAAACACAUUAUUUAUAAAGUGGCGUCACUAAUUAAUUUCACUCAUUCCGUAUCAAUAUGCGCAGACCGUCCCUCUGUUUUUCCUCUCUCCUCAUGUCUGUAUGUGUGCGUAGCUGCAGCUCAACCAAUCAAAUUAACAGGAUUUGGACAUUUAAAAAAACGCGGCGACGCUGCAGAGCUCAGGGAACGAAGGACGAAAUAACCGCUCGAAUAUGCUUCCGCGAGUAAUUUCUUUUGGCUAGUAGGUUAUGAACUUUCGAAUAAAAAAACUAACUGCAGCUUGUAAAACCUGCAAGAAGAGAAUAUCGGAUGGAGAUGCGACCACUUUGUCCAACUUUGUCCGGCAUUUGAAGCUUCACAAAGAUCGAGAGAUUUUAAAGCCACCGGUGAUGAUGACACUCGCAUACCACGAAGCUUACCAGAACAGAAACUGAGACCGCUUCGUCCUCGGAACCAAACAGGAGCAGGAGUGCCAGCUUUUUAAAGUGAUAACAAUGGAGCAGUCAGAUAAGCAGUUCUCCAAGUGGCGGUGGCUUUUAGCUCUGGUGGGACUAUUCAUGUACCUAGGGGACAUUUGCACAGAUACUGCACUGGUUUUAAGAUAUUUUCACGAAAAGCUCUAUGUUUGGAGUGGACUGACUGCACUGUUUAUAAUCACUGGGCUGACAGUAAACCAGAUCUUCAGCUACGCCUGGUUUUUAGAAGAUAUGCAUAAAAAUGUCAUGGACAGCAAACCGAAGCGACGGUAUUUAGUCCUGCACAUAUUUGGGAUGGGAAUCCUCCUCAGGUCUUGCCAACUGCUUAAACAAGGAUACAAAGAGAUUUGGGGACAAGAAAUGCCACACAAUCAAACGUCUGAGAAUGGUGAUGAGGAGGGGUCCAGCGCCUCGCACCACAGCAAACUGUUCAGCGACACCGCCGAUCUGAGCAUGUUGAAGCUUUUCGAGACUUUCCUGGAGAGCGCGCCUCAACUUCUUUUACAGCUGUACAUACAUCAAAACCAUGAGGAGUGGUCGGUCUUACAGUCUAUAUCUAUGGUCUUCUCUUUCUUUAAUCUGGCAUGGUCUUUGGUGGACUAUCGGAUCUGCUUGCGCAAAUCUCUUCCCCAGAGCCGGGAAUUGCCCUCAGGCCUCCCCACAGCGGUCUACCUGCUCUACAAACUCUUCACCAUCACUAGUCUCAUUCUCAGCUACAGCCUCCUCCUCAUCCUUAGCGUCUACAGCACAGUAGGCUUUACUUCCCUCUGGCUGCUGGGAACAAUAAGGGCUCACCGUCUUGAAACCAGCUUCUGCAGUUCAGGAGCCCUUGAGCUGCUGUACCGUGGCGUCAUCGGCGCCAUUCUGGUUUUUACCUUUUUUAACGUUAAAGGACAAGGCACCAAACGGGACAUGACCGUCUAUUACUUUUUUUGGACUGUUAUUAAUUUCUCAACUCCUUUAUUGAUGUUCUUUUUAAAGCCAGAGUUGAAGACAAUUACAUUUCUCUUGGUGGUUAGUGGUGUAAUCUAUGGCGGUUCAUUGCUGGGGCUGAUUUUGCUGGUGUUAUAUUAUCGCUUCCUGCACCCUAAACAGGAAGCGAAAAAACUGUCUGAUCAGGUGGACGGACAGGAAAACAUGAACGGACAGGAAAACGUGGACGGACAGGAAAAGGAGACGACACCUUCAACAAGGAGGACAAGGGAAUUCAUAAAACCUUGACUGAGGUUUUUCCCCACCAUAUCAUAAAGAAGGGCACUCAUCAUAAUGCAGCCACCACCAUGUAUUAUUGUUACAUUUCAUGUUUUUGUUGUGUUCAGACUUAUGGCUCACAAAUGUUAGAUUAGUUUCCAUGUCUCAAAUCAAGAAAUAUGUGAAAAGGCGUGAAAGAAACAAACAAAAAAAAAGAAGCAAGCACGAGGCGGUGUAGAGUACAACUGAAAGUUGUUGAGGUUUGAGGAUUUUAGAUGUGAUUUGGGGAGUUUACACAUCAGCACACAAGAUUUCCACCGAAAGAAGUUUGCAGAAAUGUUGUCAAUUUUCACUUUGAAAUAACUUCAAAGUUAUUUCAAGUUUGUGCUACUGAAGGUGUGUUAAGAUACCGAUACACAGCAGAACCCUGGUGUUUGCAAAGUUACAGUGAUACUUUCAGAGGUUCACAUUAAGAGUGCGAGCUGAGCAAGCAGUGUGGCUUUCAUACUUGAUGUGUACUUUGCUUGAUGUGUACUCUCUGAAAAUGAUCCCUCACAGAGGGUUUAUAUAGAUGCCAGUGCAGAUGAACCUACUCUGCAAGAUCACCCUCCAAAUUUGUACAGUUUGAGUGAAUAGUGUCGCUCGCAAUCGGUGCUGAGGAACAAAAAUUCAGAGGCGCAAAACAGCACUCCAGGCCAACUCGACUGUAAGCCCCAGCUUUAGGAACCAGCAGUCCAUGAAUAACUAAAAUCCAUGAAUACUUGAGACCCUCUCAGAACAGGCGUAUAAUUGAAUUUUUUAAUGCGACUUACUAUGCAUCAAUAUGCAACAGUGGGAACUGUCUCAGUACUACCGUAGGAGCAAGCUACUAUGGCCUUUCCUGUUUUCGCUCCUGGGCAAACAGCCAAUCAGCACUAAAGAACAUAAACUGGUGCUCCAAUAGUGUGCCAACUGGCAUUGCACCGAAGUCUUUCAGCUUUCAAUCCUCAUUUUCAUUUAAAAAUUUUAGAUUUGCUCAAUGAAAAUGUCAACAAAUAGGGAGGUUUUCCACAAAUAGUUGGGAGUUGUGUUACACCUUCACCUGUUGUGAAGGCUUGAAUGGCUUUUGUACUCUUGAAAAAAUGUUAACUUAUGGUCAAACUGUUUCGGUAGGGGAGAGAUGCGUUUUUGUUUAAUCCCAGUUUUCUCUUGUUUAUGUGCUUGUUGGGAUAUUUUAUUUUGUUGGUUUAUAUAUUCUGCUUUCUUAGAAUUAUGUAAAUUAAAACUUUUAAUUUCUUUUA